GAUAAUGUUGAUGGGCCCAUGCUGAUUAUCAUUGAUUUCUCUUUUAUAGUUUUAUAUAUAAAUUAAACACCCAAUUGGCUUGUAGCCUCUCUCUCUCUCUCUCUCUCUCUCUUAUAUUUGAUUUUUUGUAUUGGGGAAGAGGUUCACGGGUUUGUUUACAAAAUCUGGGGAGAGAGGUGGCGGAGCACGGCGGCGGCGGCGACGACAUGAACGAGGGACAGUACAGGGAGGAGGGUGGCGGAGAGAGGUGUGGUUUGCAUCCAGGAGAGGUGGUUGUAGGGGUGUGUCCCUUGUGCUUGAAGGAAAGGCUGCUUGUGUUGGCCGCCAAGAAAGGGCACACUGUCCUUCCCAAGGCCUUUCUUGCUUACAAGAGGAGCCCCAUCAUUCCGCUCCCCAAUUUCUUCGCCUUCCUCCACCGUCUGGAAUUCCGCCACCGCAAAUCCGACGAAGACUCCGCCGUUAACGGCGGCGACCACGACGACGACGUGUCCACCAGCCCAGAAGAUUCCUUCAUAUCAAUAAAGUUUGAAGACAAUGGGGUUGCCUCAUGGGAGAGGAGCUGCACAGAUGAUUGUUCUAAGAAGGUCACUGUGGAGCACAUUAAUGGCCGCACUGGUUCAGUGUUAAGCAAGGAGGCUGGUGCAGGUGCUGCUACUGCCAAUAAAAAUAAUAAUAGUAAUAAGAGCGUGAUAGAGCAUGCCAAGCGCCCAGUUGGGUCGCUGAGGUGGCGAAAGCGGGUUGGGCACCUGUUCCAGCUGAUGAGAUGGAAGAGAACCCAGAAAGCGGCAGCAGGGAGUGUGUGCCGCGUGGGCAGCAGGGUGGAGGGCGUGAAGGUGAUGAGGAAUAAGAAGAAGAGCUGGAUAAGAACCCUCACGAGGAGAAGGACCCAAGAAUAAAGGGGCGACUCAAGACUAAAGGGGCUUUGUACAGAACUAAAAAAAGAUACUGCUACUCGCCAGAUGCUGCUGCCCAUCCAUUCACCUUAUAUCAUAGCUUGCUUUUUAAAUUUCUUCUACUACGUACGUAAGCGCCACUGCCCUUCGCUAUUUCUACGUCUGGGGCUCAAUGUGAUAUGACGGUGUAAAGUUACAAAUUAUUAAGUUGCAUGCAGGCAGAGUAGUAGUCAAAUUGGCUUUUUCAGCUCAUCCAAAAAAAAAAAAAAAGAAGGGCUUGAUUGCUUUGAAUUCUUUGCGUUGAUAUUGUUUCUUUAUGCGUUUUAAAAAUGAAGAAAACAGAUAGUACCCCA